AUGAUCUGCCGCAUGUUCUGGAUCUGCGUAUUUCCGGACAUGUUCAAUCGCCCAUCGAGUCUCCUUAUCAAGCACUGGGGGGACACGGCCCUGUCCUUCGAUGCGAGGCAGCCCAGCAAGGUCAUAGAGCUCUCUGAAGUAGUCGAGCGUCUCGCCGUUAUCCCACUGAAUGUCGUGAAACUUACGGUGCUGACUGCUGACAAGUUCCCAGCGUGCUGCUUCCCAUCGUUUCUGUACUUCACGAGACGGCAGCGGCCGUGCAUUCCGUCCGGCAAAGACACGGGCGAGGGCGAUGGCCUGGUAGUCGAAGCUACGAAAUGUCAAGGUCGAGGGAUGCCGACGAUGCCGACAGUGGGGAAGUACGUCAGGAAAACAUGA